GUGUUCCUAACGGGGACAAGAAAAGGAAUGCCUGUACUAGCGAGGAGUCUUCGUGUCCCAGAGUGGUGCCCACCCUAAAGGGCAGGGUUCCUCGGUCCGCCUAGCCCUUUUUCAUUUCGUAUGGAGACAGGCAGCUUGGUAGUCAGCUCUCCCAUCUCUUGAUCUAUACAGCAGCCUGGAAGGGCGCGACACCAGACGUCUGAUGUCUCUCGCCUCGGAGAGCCCCUCGCUCUGAUCCCCGCACCCUUUUACACUCCUCCGCCCCCCGCCUCCCAGGGCAGAAGGGCGAACAGGGGCAGACCAUGAGUCACGGCCCGGGCCUGGAAUGGAGGAGGGAAGCGCCGCCUCCCCUAAGGCCCCUUCUCUCCCCCGUUGGCCCUGCCCGCGGGUUCCUGCCUCUCCAGAUGCUGCGCCGCAAUCACUGAGUCUCCAUCACCAGUUCCGCUGGGCCGCGGGCUCCUGCAGGCUCCCCGUGGCCGCGAGUGAUCGUCGGGACCCCCCGGCCGCGCGUGAUUGUGGGGUCUCCACGGGCCCGGGAGGCAGGGGCGGAUCAGAGCUCGGCGCCGUCUCGGGGCGCCCCGCAAGGCCGCAGGCGAGAUGAACCUCCUGGCACCCGUGCGGAGGGACCGCGUCCUGGCGGAGCUGCCCCAGUGCCUGAGGAAGGAGGCCGCUUUGCACGUGCACAAAGACUUCCACCCCCGAGUCACCUGCGCCUGCCAGGAGCACCGGACAGGCACCGUGGGCAGAUUUAAGAUCUCCAAGGUCAUUGUUGUGGGCGACCUGUCGGUGGGGAAGACUUGCCUCAUUAAUAGGUUCUGCAAAGACACCUUCGAUAAAAAUUACAAGGCCACCAUCGGAGUGGAUUUUGAGAUGGAACGAUUUGAGGUGUUGGGGGUCCCCUUCAGUCUCCAGCUUUGGGACACUGCUGGACAGGAGAGGUUUAAAUGCAUUGCAUCAACAUACUACCGAGGAGCUCAAGCGAUCAUCAUUGUCUUCAACCUAAAUGAUGUGGCAUCCCUGGAACAUACCAAGCAAUGGCUUGCUGAUGCUCUCAAGGAGAAUGACCCUUCCAGUGUGCUCCUCUUCCUCGUGGGUUCCAAGAAGGACCUGAGUACGCCUGCUCAGUACGCACUCAUGGAGAAAGAUGCCCUGAAGGUGGCUCAAGAGAUUAAGGCUGAGUACUGGGCAGUGUCAUCUCUCUCUGGUGAAAAUGUCCGGGAAUUCUUCUUCCGCGUGGCAGCACUGACCUUUGAGGCCAAUGUCCUGGCUGAGCUGGAGAAAUCAGGCGCCCGGCGCAUUGGGGAUGUUGUCCGCAUCAACAGCGAUGACAGCAACCUCUACCUAACUGCCAGCAGGAAGAAGCCCACAUGCUGCCCCGGAGGGUAAAGUUGUCCAGAGUUGGUCUGGGGAUCUAUCUCAGUGGCACGAGUGCCUGCUUGGCAAGUGCAAGGUCCUGAGUUUGAUUCCUAGUACAAAAAAAAAAAGAGAUUGUCCAGAAACUGCAGUCCUGGAGCACUGUGCCUCCCUAACUUCAGAGAUUGACCUCUGGACAUUUGCAUCUGAUUUUUUUCAAGACCAAAGAGCUGCCCUUGGUGGCAGGACCCCCAGAGGGGCAGUUGGGACCAGGCUAGUCACUUCCUGCCCUCAGGCAUCAUGCCAAAGACUGAAUGCCCUCCCACCCCUCUGGAGGUUCUCAUGCCAGGGGAACAGUGUCCCUGGUGCUUUUGCUCAGCCUUUGUGUAUGAAGAUGCCGAAUGCGAUUCCAGCCCAACACUGUGCCUUAUGCAUUAAAAUCUUUGUCAGCA